AUGCGGCCUCAAGGGGCCAUCUUUGUGGCCCUGCCCCACCUGGGGCCCAUCCUGAUCUGGCUCCUCGCCCCUCAUAGGCUGUCUGGUUGGUGUAAUGGCUCAAAGAAGCUGACCUGGUGCCCACCCCACAGAGUCCUGCUGCUCGUGUGGACAGUCAUCUACUCUAUCAUAGGCUAUGCCUCCUACCUGGUGUGGAAGGACCUGGGCCGGGGCUUUGGGUGGCCCCUGGCCCUGCCUCUCGGCCUCUACGCUGUGCAGCUCGUCAUCAGCUGGACCGUCCUGACUCUCUUUUUCGUAGCCCGUACCCCUGGUCUGGCCCUGCUGCACCUGCUGCUGCUCUACGGGCUGGUGGUGAGCAUGGCGCUCAUCUGGCAUCCCAUCAACAAGCUGGCCGCCCUGCUUCUGCUCCCCUUCCUGGCCUGGCUCACUGUUUUCACGUCCAUCGCCUACCACCUGUGGAGAGACAGCCUUUGUCCAGAGCACCCGCCCCAGCCCUCCGGGGAGAAGAGUGACUGA